AAUCUAAAUUGUACAAAAGAAACAUAUUUUCUAUAAAACUGGAUGCCGCAUUACUAAAAUACAUACCUAUACAAUCAUGACCAACACCAUGUCUCAAUCUCCUAUGAUCUCUCCUUCGUGAGAAAAAAAUCACUUUUAUCUCUGAUUGAGUAACCUGAUGGAACCCCGGAUUUUGACUCCGGACAAAACCAUCGGUGAAGAGAAAGAAGCAACGGUUUGGCAAUUCAAUCGCGGUCAAGGGCACAAGAAAAACAGGGCCACCUUCAAUUUCACUAACAUUACCAACAUGGAGGCCAAGGACUCGUCCACUCGAGCUCGAAUCAGAGCGAUUUGCAAUGAACUACAUAUCUCCAAUGAACAAGCCCAUCAAGUUCAAAAAUAAAUGAGCUUGGCCUUGGAACAAGGCUUGAGCCGCCCAGGUUCAUCCUCAGUGAGAUGCUUGCCCACCUUUGUCAGGCACAUGCCGUCCGGCAAAGAGCAGGGCAAAUACUUGGCCCUCGAUUUGGGAGGCACAAAUUUUCGUGUGAUGGUUGUCGAACUUUUAGGCUCCCCUCAAAAGCAGCCCUUAAUCACGGUUCGGAAGUACCCAAUUCCCGUGGCGGUGAUGUCUGGUAGUGGCGAGGAGUUGUUCGAUCAUAUUGCCUUGUGCAUGUUGCGGUUCUUGUCAGAAAUUCAAUUACAUCCGGAGAACAUGGCCCUUGGGUUUACCUUCAGUUUCCCCUGUGAGCAAAGCAAAUUGAAUUCAGCCACGUUAACUCAGUGGACUAAGGGGUUUUCAUGCUCUGGAAUGGUGGGUGAGGAUGUUUGCGCUCUUCUCCGCCGAUCCUUGGACAAACAAGGCCUAGGAGGCAUCAAAGUAUGUGCUCUACUCAACGAUACCACCGGUUGUCUUCUCUCGUGCUCUUUGCGAGAGUCUCGUUGUCAAGUGGGAUUGAUCGUGGGCACGGGAUGCAACGCCUGUUACGUCGAGAACUGUCGAAACAUCAAGGCCAUCCCCGGUGAGCUUGAAGGCGAUAUGAUCGUGAACACAGAAUGGGGGGCCUUUGGCGAAAAAGGAGAAAUGGAUUUCAUCCGUACCAAAUGGGACCGUGUCGUGGACCAGGCAUCGAUCAAUCCCGGCCAACAGAUUUUUGAGAAAAUGAUCUCGGGCAUGUAUUUGGGAGCUUUGGUGCGACAAGUGUUGUUGGAGUUGGUGGCCCAAGGAUUGCUUUUCCAAGGCGUUAAUUGCCAAAGACUCACCUUGUGCCAAGAUUCCUUCGAGACCAGACACAUUUGUGAGGUCGAAAAUGACCCCUUGGGCGAGAAUGAUCGAUGUCGAAUGGCCAUGAGAGAGGUCUUAGGGCACAACCAAGUCAUCUCCCCCUUGGACUGUUAUGCCAUUAGAUUGGUGUGCGAAGAGAUCUCGCGACGAGCGUGCAUGGUCUUAGCAGCUGGCUUGGCCGGUCUUCUUCGAAGGCUGAAUUUGAAGGACGCUGUGAUUGCCGUGGACGGAACACUGAUUCGCUGUCAUCCUCUCUUUACUUUGAUCAUGGCCAAGAAGAUCACCCAGCUAAUGGGCAAGGGCUACAAAUUUGAAUUGAGGUUGGCCCGGGACGGUUCUGGUUUGGGAGCAGCCAUCAUGGCUGCAGUACAAGCCAAUCGAGAUGAAUGAUUAAGCCAACACUGGAACGGAGAUGGGGAUCUUUGUUAGCCAACGUUAGUGAUCAGAUGAGCUUGGAAAUCGACAGUGUCCAUAUUAGUCAAAGAAAAUAAAGCAAUCUCAUAUUCUCUAGCA